GCUUGCCGGCUUUCCAAAGCGCUUGGGCACCAAACCGCUGCCCUUGAGCGCCCAUCAACCGGUAAGAACAUCGAGUGGCCCCUUCCGAGGCCGCGCAGCCAUUCUACGAACGAACGCGUUCGACUAGCGAAGUGGCCCACUGCCCCAGCCCCUGGGACCUGCGACAUUGCAAGCAUGCGGGGCUGCAAUUUUCUGCUCCUCGCCGCGCUGUGCCGCAGCGACGACGAGGUAGAAGGACGAGCGCGCGCAUUGUUAGAAGCGGCAAGAAGAGCCAAGGCGCCGGAGGCGCCGACUGAGCCCGUGUCGCUCACGGUCGAGAACCUCGGCGUGCUGCGGGUGGACCCCGGCGUCGACCCGGCGGACGUGGUGGAGGCCUUUUACGCCACGGCCCUCAAGCAGAACGUGACGCUGUCGUUACAGAACCUCACGACGAUCCUCGACAAGCUCUGCGUCCUCGCGCCCUGUAGAAGGCGCUUCCACAGGGAACGGCUGACGGCGAACGUCAAGGGCGUCGGGACAUUAGUGGUCGAGCCCUGGGUCGAGCCGGCCAGAGCGGUGGCCGAGCUCGGACGGGCGGCCGAGAGCGCGGGCAACCCCCUGGGCGAGAAUCAAUUAAGACGGGUGCUCGACGCCGUGUGUGAGAAGCGCGCGUGCGUCGACGCGCUCGAUCGGAGAUUGGAACUCAACGUGACGGGAGUAGGAAGACUGGUUGUCGAGCCCUGGCACGACGUCGCGGACGCGAUCGAGGGCUGGACGGCCGCCGCGACGAUGUCGGGGCACGAAGUGAAUGAAGCGAGCAUGCAGGAUUUGUACGAGUGGUGUUGUAAGAGAAGGAGCUGCGGGCGGGGGCUGACGCCGCCGCUGACGCUGAACGUGAGCGGGCUGGGCAGCGUCACCUGCCUACCGACGGAGGAGCCGGCGACGGCCGUAGAACGGCUGGCCUCGACGGCCGCCGAAGCUUAUAUAUCAGUACUCCCGGAGCAGCUCGACGCGGCGAUGGCGUGGUUCUGCGCGCGUCGAAGCUGCCACCGGCCCGUCGCGCCCAUGCGUUUGGAUGUGGAGGGCGUCGGCGCGCUGGAGGUGCCGCCGUGGGGCGAGCCCGCGGCUGCCGUGACCUCCGUGCGGAAAACAUCGCGUCGACCUCCACGCCGUCGACGCGACUCACUGGUCGAGUUCCACACAGGUGGCCAAAUUUUCGCGCGAGGCGACGGCCGCCGGCUUCGAGAUCACCGAGCAGAGCGCGAACAAGAUGCUCGAGUUCUUCUGUUUGCGGCGUUCGUGCCGGCGGACGCUACCGCCUCCCCUCACGGCGCGAGUGGAGCCGUACGGCGAGAUCGCGGUGGCGCCGUGGGACGAUCCCGCGGACGUCGUCGAGGCCUUCGGCGCCAGCAAGGCCGAGGCGGGGGAAUAUCUGACGGCGGACACGAUGACGAAGCUCAUGGAGGCCUUCUGCGCGCGGCGGCCCUGCUCGCGCCUGUCCGUCAAGGCGCCGUGGCUGCCGACGCGGAGCGAUCCCGGGGAGGCGGCCGGGUAAGGGCAGUAAAC